AUGGGGCCAAAAGCCCUGAAACAGCGGUGCCCCCCGGGGCGGUGCGAGCUGCUCCGGCUCCCGCUUCCCCUCCUCGCACCGCCUCUGCUGCCUCAUUUCCUGCGGCAGCGCAGCCACAGCAGGAAGCUUUGCAGCCAGCUCUUGUCUGCUUCCCCUCCCGCCCGGCCCCACCGAAUUACCUCCCUGCCCUUGGAGAUGCCGGCUUACCACUCAACUUUAAUGGACUCUGACACCAAGCUCAUUGGGAACAUGGCACUGCUACCCAUCAGAAGCCAGUUCAAAGGCCCAGCACCUCGGGAAACUAAGGACACAGAUAUUAUAGAUGAAGCCAUCUACUACUUCAAAGCCAACGUUUUCUUCAAAAAUUAUGAGAUCAAGAACGAGGCUGACAGAACGCUCAUCUACAUAACCCUCUACAUUUCUGAGUGCUUGAAAAAGCUGCAAAAGUGUAACUCCAAAGGCCAAGGAGAAAAAGAAAUGUACACACUGGGAAUCACUAACUUCCCAAUCCCUGGGGAGCCUGGCUUUCCACUGAAUGCCAUUUAUGCCAAACCUGGCAACAAGCAGGAGGAAGAGGUGAUGAGGGCCUACCUGCAGCAGCUGAGGCAAGAAACUGGCCUUCGCCUUUGUGAAAAAGUAUUUGAUCCUCAGAGUGACAAGCCCAGUAAGUGGUGGAUUUGCUUUGUGAAGAGACAGUUCAUGAACAAGAGUCUGUCAGGUCCUGGGCAGUGAUGGAGCAAAGCAGUAACAGCAUCAAACAUUUCCACAGCAAAGUGUUUAGGUAUUUUGCCUUUGUUUUGGAUACAUUUUUGUACCAAGGAAGAAUGUGCUUACAAAGAAAAAAAACCCCACAAAAACAAAGCCACAAAUCAGUCAAUGAGGGAUAAAGGGAGGGAAAUCAAAAGGAUCAUUUGAGUAGCAUAAACAAAUAUUAUUAAGCUGGUGCUUAAUAAGUGAUUUCUAAUACGCUGUUUCAGAUGCAAGCUGCUUUAUUGUCAGUGGCCACAGCUAGCAUUUAAAACAGGGCCUUGUAUUUAAGAGAAGAAAUGGGCUUACCUGUGAGGCAGGGGGAGCUCUACUGGCUAGAGUCUCAGCAUCGUAUGUCCAGGGAAAACAUACCUCUCACGCUGUGUUGUCAAGUGUGGUGAUUUUUACCUUGUUUUCAAUAAACUUUGCUUGUAAUUAA